AUGGAGCCCCGGGAGUCCUGGGCGGCCUUGGCGGCUGGUGGAGUUGCUGGUGUCUGUGUUGACUUGAUCCUUUUUCCUCUGGAUACUGUAAAAACAAGACUGCAGAGUCCUCAAGGAUUUAGGAAGGCUGGUGGUUUUCGUGGCAUUUAUGCUGGUGUUCCUUCUACUGCUAUAGGAUCCUUUCCAAAUGCUGCUGCGUUUUUUAUCACCUAUGAGAAUGUGAAAUCUGUGCUGCACCAUGGCUCUACAUCCUACUUGGCUCCAGCAACACACAUGGUGGCUGCCUCCCUCGCGGAAGUGGUUGCAUGCCUCAUACGGGUUCCAUCUGAGGUGGUCAAACAAAGGGCCCAGGUUUCUCCUUCCUCAAGUACCCUCCAGAUUCUCUCCCGCACGUUGUAUCAUGAGGGUAUUCGAGGACUUUAUCGGGGUUACAAAAGCACAGUAUUAAGAGAGAUUCCUUUCUCUCUGGUACAAUUUCCCCUCUGGGAGUCCUUAAAGGAUCUCUGGUCAUGGAAGCAGGGUCACGUGGUGGAUUCUUGGCAGUCAGCAGUCUGUGGAGCUUUUGCAGGUGGAUUUGCAGCUGCAGUCACCACGCCUCUCGACGUGGCGAAGACCAGAAUUAUGUUGGCAAAGGCUGGUUCCAGCAACGCUAGUGGAAACGUUCUGGCUGCUCUCAGUAGCAUCUGGAGGACACAAGGCCUGUCGGGCUUGUUCGCAGGUGUUGUCCCACGGAUGGCAGGGAUCAGCCUGGGAGGCUUCAUCUUCCUGGGGACAUACGAGAAGACGCG